AUGGAUAGUUACGGAUACCCCAUUUCAGAGAGAAACUACGAUGAUCAAGAAGAGUCAUACCAAUCGUCUUCCUCUUUCCACAAGACAACCCAUCAUACCUCUAGCUACUCUUCCUCCUCUUACGGAUACUCGUCCUACGCAGAGGGAGCAGAGGAGGGAAAUGAUAAUAACGACCCUCAUUUCACAGAGGAAGACUACAACCGUCCCAAUCCCAACUACCCUCAACCACCCGAGUCAAAGCAUAAUCCAGGCCCUGAUCCUGUUGAAUACGGCGGUAUGGCUACACACCAUAGCGAGAACGUUCCGGGCAAUGAGUUUUUCCUGCACGUUGAUCCUACUGUCGAAAAUGAUGAACCUGAAUUUGAGCUCUCCAACUGUCGUGGCAAAAAGAGAGCCUUGUUGAUCGGUAUCAACUACAUUGGCACUAGUAAUGAAUUGAAUGGCUGUAUCAAUGAUGUAGCCAACAUUAAAGACUUCAUCACCACACUCUAUGGUUUCAAAGAGGAGGAUAUGGUCAUUUUGACAGAUGAUCGUGAGGAAGAAAAAUUCAGACCCACUCGAAACAAUAUCAUUGCUGCCAUGCAAUGGCUUGUGAAAGAUGCUGAGCCUGAUGAUUCCUUCUUUUUCCAUUACAGUGGUCAUGGUGGUCGAGUGUAUGAUGCUCACAGUGAUGAAGACGACAGUUUUGAUGAGACCAUCUAUCCUUUGGACUUUCAAGAAUUUGAAGGUGAAUCUGGCCAGUUGAGGGAUGAUGACAUGCACGACUUGCUCGUCAAACCAUUGCCUCCUAAAUGUAGACUGACUUGUAUUUUUGACAGUUGUCAUUCAGGCACCGUUCUUGACUUGCCUUUUGUUUAUUCCACUCGUGGUGAAAUCAAGGAACAAAACUUGUUCAAGCAUGCUGGUCAAGGCAUCUUUUCUGCUGGCAUUGCGUAUGCUCGCGGUGAUAAGGAUGGUGCUCUUUCGUCCAUCAUGUCUCUUGGCAAGCAACUGAUGGAGGCACGUAAUGUAUCUGACCGAGCACGCAGAAAGAACACCUCGCAAGCUGAUGUUAUCAUGUUUUCUGGCUGCAAGGAUGAUCAAACCUCUGCAGACGCCACUGAAGCAGGCAAGGCUACGGGUGCUAUGAGUUAUGCCUUUACCACAACCCUGCGCAAGAACCCCAACCAAUCUUACCAAGAGCUAUUGAACAGUGUUCGUGAUAUUUUGCGUGACAAAUAUUCUCAAAGACCUCAAAUGAGUUCAUCGCAUCCCAUUGAUGUCAAUCUUGAAUUCCAAUGUUAA